UUUACGUCACAAUAGUCGCCGCAAAACGCAGCCUCGCCAUUUUUUCACUUCUUUGUACGCUGUUCUCUGCAAAGAGAAUCGGGUGAUAAAUCGACUCGGUUUCUUAGUCAAUUGCAAAAAUAAUGCAAGGAAACAGGGGUCCUUACCAGAAUCAUGGCCCAAACCGUCAGUCUGGCCAGGGAGACCAAAAGAAACACGGAGGAAAUACGAACGGCCAGGAGCCGAGCGACUCUACCCAUCCGAACGAGGCCUUAACGCUGGACUUGCAAAGCUUCAGGAAGCCCGGUGAGAAAACAUACACGCAACGUAGCAGGCUCUUUGUCGGAAACCUGCCUAACGGAAUCACGGAGGAUGAUCUUGGAAAGAUGUUCGAAAAGUACGGCAAGGCCACCGAGAUUUUUGUCAAUAAAGACCGAGGCUUCGGCUUCAUCCGCCUGGAGACCAGGAUCAUUGCAGAGAUCGCCAGAGCUGAGCUAGAUGAUACCCUGUUUAGAGGUAGAACCAUCCGUGUCAGGUUUGCAACGCACGGUGCCGCUCUGUCCAUCAAGAAUCUGCCGGAGUUUGUGUCCAACGAGCUGCUGGAGGAGGCUUUCAGCGUCUUUGGUCAGAUCGAGCGAGCCGUGAUCAUCGUGGACGACCGAGGGAGGCCAACUGGAAAGGGAAUAGUGGAGUACACCAAUAAGCCAGCUGCAAGAAAGGCGCUGGACAAAUGCAACGAUGGCGCCUAUCUGCUCACGGCCUUUCCUCGUCCCAUCAUCGUGGAGCCCAUGGAGCAGCUCGACGAUGAAGAGGGCCUGUCAGAAAAGCUAAUCAACAAAAACCAGCAGUACCACAAAGAGCGUGAACAGCCGCCGCGAUUCGCACAGCCGGGCAGCUUCGAGUACGAGUACGCCAUGCGCUGGAAGGCCCUGAUGGAGAUGGAGAAGCAGCAGUAUGAAAUGGUGGACCGCAACAUGAAGGAGGCCCAGGAGAAGCUGGAAGCUGAGAUGGAGGCGGCUCGACACGAGCAUCAGGUGAUGCUGAUGAGACAAGACCUGCUGAGGCGUCAGGAGGAGUUACGUAGGAUGGAGGAGCUCCACAGCCAAGAGGUGCAGAAACGAAAGCAGGCCGAGCUCCGACAAGAGGAGGAACGCAGACGGAGGGAGGAGAUACGCAUGCGUAACGAGGAGAUGAUGAAACGCCAGCAGGAGGGCUUCAGGAGCGGCUUCCAGGGAGAGAGCACUGACCAAGACAUCAGGAUGCACAUGGGCUCCUCGGGCAUGUCGUCUGACACCACUACUCUCAUGGCAGGCCCAGGCAACGCAAACAUGCCUGGAGUUCAGGGAAGCUUUCCAAGAGGCCUUCCUGGACCUGGGGACUAUGUACCAAACAAGCAGCGCAGAUUUUAAACAUUAUUUGCAACUCAAUUGUAUUAUUUUUUAAGUUCAUACCAAGAAAAAAAUACUUUUGUUCUUCAAAAAGUGGCAUGUAUGUUUAUUUUUCCUUAUGUUGUACUUCUCAAUUAGCAUUUUUAGGAGAAACAAUUCCAAAUUUCUCAACUGAGCCAUUUUCUUCACACACUUUCAUAGUGAUACGAAAAGAUAGUUGUCCUAAA